AUGGGUAAACCCCGUGGUAUUCGUACCGCGCGGAAGCACGUGAACCAUCGACGCGAACAACGAUGGGCAGAUAAAGAUUACAAAAAGGCUCACAUGGGCACGAGAUGGAAGGCUAAUCCCUUCGGUGGUGCAUCUCACGCUAAGGGCAUCGUCCUCGAAAAAGUUGGUGUAGAAGCCAAGCAGCCUAACUCUGCUAUCCGCAAGUGUGUCAGAGUGCAGCUGAUUAAGAACGGCAAAAAGGUGACGGCGUUCGUGCCACGCGACGGUUGCCUCAACCACAUUGAAGAGAACGAUGAAGUACUAGUAGCAGGUUUCGGUCGUAAGGGUCAUGCCGUCGGUGACAUUCCUGGAGUCAGGUUUAAGGUGGUGAAGGUCCUGCUACAUUGUGAUAAGUGCUGCUACGAAGCGGUGUUGUUCAUAAGAGUCAUUAAAAAAAUG